AUGAAAAAAAUUGAGAGGAAGCUCGCUACUGUUGUUGUUGACAAUCUGAUGCAGAGCGCAAUAAUCAAGGCGGUAACUGACUCUAUUGGCAUUCCAAAACCCAGCGGUGUCUCUUUUGGGGAGCCUAGUGGUGUUGAUAUAAGGAAGGAACUCCCCCCUAUUGGAAUAAAUAACCCGGUUCAACCCAACCCCAACAACAACACUCCUUCUGAACUUGCUGACUCUCGUAUCAACGAAGUGCUGGUGGAGUUGAACGGAUUGUCUGAUGCGCAUCAAGCUACGGUGCAGGAGAAAGAAUUGCUUGUACCCGUUAACACGAGCGUUGACAAGGUGCUCAAUGACACUAUAUCCGUUGAUUCGACACCGUCUGACCCCACAUCAGAGGAACUGGAGAUGGAUGAGAUGCAAAUACCUUAUUAUCUUCUCGAUAUGCCGUCUUUCUCACUCGGACUCUCGCAGGAGGAUGCACCCGUAGCUGCCACAGAGAAAAUUACCCCGCUAAGCUAUGUCUCACCUGCUAAGGAACCGAUUGAAGAGGCACCCGAGCUACGCAAGAGUAAAAGUUCGCGGAUAAUGCCCGAUGGUCUUCAAGACUACAAGUGUGAUCUGAAAGUAACAGAAAACCUCCCCUUGAUCCCGGAUCUUGAGGUUCGCUUCAAGCUCAUGGAAGAAACUGUUCUUAAUGGACCGGUCGUAAUUUUACGUAACGGGUAUGGUGUGACUCCUGGAGAGAUCUGUGAUAUUGCCCACCGCUCCUCAAGCUUGCCUUCUUGGGUCAUGGACACCCUGAUUGAACUUGUUUCUCGGGGACAAGCUAAUGCUCCCAAUGUUGGUAUCUACGACACCAGGCUUCCAGCAGCUCUAAUGAACCACCACUCCCGCUUCCUCAAUACGGCGUUGAAAGACCGUGUCAAACUUAAGUUCACUGACGUCCCGCUAGAGAAAGCCAAGAAGAAGUUGCCUGAGAGGAUAUAUUUUCAAUUCAACAUGGACAAGCAACACUGGGUUGGUGUUUGCAUCGACACCAAAGCAUACAGUCUCCAAGUACUGGAUUGCAACACCUCUUUUCAUACAGACAGCUUGUUGAAGAAGGAGCUUAAUCCCAUUGCUAAUCUAAUCCCGUAUGUCCUUAAAUCCCUUGGUUACUUAGAAAAUAAUGCGGGCGUCAAGGCUUUUACGGUAUCCAGAUGCAAGGGAAUCCCGCAAAUCUCUAGUCAGACUGAUGCAGCGGUCAUGACUGUUUUGUUGAUUCAAGCUCACAUCUGUGAGGGUAUCUGUGGCUGUAAGGCAAUCACUCCUCAUUUUCUUCCUGAUGCCGCCAAGCAACUGGCUGUGAAACUACACGAGAAUAUCACCAUGUAA